AAUGUAUUUAUGAAACCAUUUAAGGAUGUGGUAAUGUUCUUGAUCACAAAUUUUAUUUAAGUGAUCGAUAUCUUAGAGCAUUUCUAAAAAUAAAAUGAUAGAAUAUAAAUGGUUAUAGGAUUUAUAUAUCAAGGACAAAUUGAUAUAUAUUUAUCAAAAUUAUAUAGCAAGUACAUACUUGUUAUAUAAUUUUUCUAUAUCAAGUACAACUAUAAUCAAUAUACACUUUCAUGAUUUUAGUCUAAGAUUUUAAUAUUAAAAAGGGGGAAAAACUCUUUUAGACCGUUUGCUGAGUUAGGUAAUGUGUUUACGUCGCAAAACAGACAUGAGAAAUAGAAAAGAAAGACCGAAGCAACGACUCUGAAGAAUAUAAGCGAAAGAAACUAAAGAUAGAGUCAUAGAGAGAAGAGUAAUCGCCAAAACUCAGCAAAGCUAAAUCUGAAAAACCUUUGCGUCAAUGGCGAUAUCCAAGCUCCACCUACUCUUUCUUCUCUCAGUCAUUCUCUCCCUCCAUCGUCCUGUUCUUUCCGAUGAAGAAGACCUUCUUCUUACAAUUAUCAACAAGUACAGAACAUCACUAAACCUAACAACACUAACACCAAACGACAACGCAGAUUGUCUAGCUGGCGAAAUAGUAGACCAAUUUAAGAACCGACCAUGCACAAACACCACUACCUCAGCUUCAGUCCCUGGAUCCGAACCUCAGUUCCCAAACUACCCUAACCUCCUCAAAAAUUGCCAUCUCAACGUAACCGCAAUGAGAGACAGUGUAAUACUGCCAGCUUGUGUUUCUAAUCAUGAUCAAAGCCUUGUAUUGACCAAUUUCACAAAGUCAGAAUACUUGAAAAACCUGAACGAUUCCAAGUUCACUGGAAUUGGUAUUGGUUCUGAUGACAAUUGGAUUGUGGUUGUCCUCACUACAAAGACAUCCGAAGGUAGCUUUUCUCCGGCUGUUAUUUACCAUUAUGCGGGAGGUUUCACAUUACCCAUUAACGGCUUUGUUAACUGUUUUCUUUUGUUGGUUCUUUUCUUUUGUUUCUUCAUGUUUUGAGUUUGAUAGUUGGUUUGUUUCUCAUGUGUGAUGGUCUCAUUGUCUUUGUUUCUCUAUCGUUUCAUUUACUCAAAGUUGAGUACUUGUGAUCAGCCUGAUUACAAUGCCAAGUUUCUCAUUCUUGAGACUAGUGUGUGCUCAUUUGAUUGAACACAUGAAUCUAGCAAAAUCGAUAACCUGGUCAAUGCAAAAACCAUAGUCGAAAAAUCAAAAACUAAAUAAACCACAAAAAGAAAUCACUAAUUUAGAAUUGAAGUUCCAUCUAACACCGGAAGCCAAAACCAUGUAAUAUUGGUUUAUAUUUUUAUAUCACUAUUUUAAAAUUAAAAGAAAAUCCGAACAAACAACCAAAUUCAAAUUAAACACCCCUAGACCUUUAAGAGCUUCUCCAUUGCUGACAAACCCAAUCAAAUUUCCCAAUAAUAAAAUAUUAGUAUUAGUUUAGUAUAAAUGAAGUGUAAAAUUUUUAAAUUCAAAAUUCAACAUGCUUCUUAGAUGAAGUGAUAGAUAUUUUAUUUAU